UUUUUUUUAGAAAAAAGAAGAUGUAUAUAUACAUAUAAGUAACUUAAAAAGAUUAUCCCAGUUAGCCUAUUACCCUAGCUACAAAAGCAUACCACAUGGAAAAAAAUACCAUUUACCAAAACAUUUUCAUCAGUCAAAUCUUAUUGAAACCAACUCAUUCAAAACAGUCAAAGCACUCAAAUAAAAUAAGGUUAUAAGUCUAACUCAAAGUCUGUCUUUCACAUUCCCAAAUCAAAACUUUAUCCAUUAAGUUUACCCAGUUAUAUAGCUUAAUCUAAACUAUAUAAAUACACCCAUCUAAAACUAGCAAUUACCUUCACAAUCCCAUUUAAAUUCAGUUCCUUUCUAUUAUAGAGAUUGUUGUGAGUUGUGUGUGUUAAUGAGUGUGAAUGGGUUCAGUUCAGUUCAGUCCAGUUGAAUGGUGCAAUGUGUGUUUGUUUGUUCCUUCUUUUCUGUGAAAAUACAAACUAACAAAUACAAACUAAUCUAAAAUGACAAACUAAUAGUGAUCAAGCUCUUAUCAGUAACUUCUGAUUCUUGGUAUUUUAAUCGAGUCCUCUACAUAUUUUUUUUGCAUAUUUUUUUAUAUAUACAGAUUUUUUGUCAAAAACUGUACAAAAACAAGAACAGCUGUACUUUGAUACUCUGAAGUCUGUUCUUCAUCCUUUUAUCACUGCAGGUUCACUCAAUACAGACACAUGGAGUCAGAUCAUUUUCUUGGAAAGCAGAAUAAUACUUUGAAGACUGCAGUAAUGAAAUCAAUGCCCCCCUCCCUUGUAGUCUGGCACAGUUAAAAAUCAUUGCAAAGUCCAGCUUUUUACUUUUCACCAAAUCACCAUCCUGUCCUACAAGUUCUGUUCAUAUAGUACCUGUGAAAUAAAUGAUUCCUCAUUGGUUAGUCAGUUAAAAAGCAAAGAAUGUGUAAGAAAAUCUUAUUCAGAUGUUCUUCAAUGUAAAUCACAUACAGUGUUUUUAUUAUUAGCUCACAAACAGGACAAAAAUACAAUCUAGCAGUCGACGCUUCAUACGUGAUUGGCACUGUGAACAUUGUUUGAGUAGGGGAAGGGGUGGAUGAGGGUUAAAGGUUGAAAGUGAUUGUAUGAGAAAGACGCCGACCAGCAGCAGAGAGAGAGAGAUCAUACACAGGAGGGAGAGAGGGACUGUUCUCUGUUCAUCAUGGAUUUCUCGCCUGCGGCUCUGAUCCUGUGUUCUCUAUUAUGUUCAGUGGCUGGCCAAGCUCCUGUCGUCUCAGUGGAGCCCAGCACUGCUACUGUGCGCCAAGGGGAGUCUGUCAGCUUCAGGUGCCAAGUGAGGGGUGGUGCACGGCCAAAGCUGGAAUGGAAGAGAGCUGAUAACCACGCAUUACCAGACAAUGUUAAGAUCGGUCCUGAUGGUUCUGUGCUGACGAUUGCUCAUGCCCGACCUGUGCACCAGGGACAGUACCGCUGUGUGGCGGUCAGUUCUGCAGGCCGCAGCACUGCCACAGCUGUGCUCAACGUCAAACAUGCUCCUAAAGUGCGGCUGGUACCAGCUGGGCCCCUGCGGGUCAGGAUUGGUGACCCUGUGUCGGUGGAGUGUCGUGCCACAGGUAGGCCACGCCCCACACUGACCUGGAAACGCCAAGGCUCCACCCUGCAGCUCGUGACUGUGGAGGCGAAUGAUGUCAACACCAUAAAGUGGCCUGCAGCGCGUCCAGAGGACUCAGGCGUGUAUAUUUGCCAAGCUGAGAACAAUGAGGGGGUGACAGAGGUCAAAGUGGUGAUCACUGUCGAAGGUGGUCCUGGUGCACCAUUGGCCUCAGUAAGCGCUACAGAGAUGACAGUGGUGGAGGGACAGACAGUCACCAUGGAGUGUCAGGCCUCUGGUUCCCCUACUCCCGUCAUCACCUGGUCCAAGCUACGAGCACCGUUACCAUGGAAACACACCAUGGCUGGUGGUGUUCUGACACUGACCAGCGUGGGGCGCCAAGACUCUGGCCAAUACAUCUGUAAUGCAACCAAUGUACACGGCUACAGUGAGGCAUACACGCAGAUGGAAGUGGACUCUCCUCCAUAUACCACCUGCCUGCCUGAUCAGGUGAGGCUCCAACCUGGUGAUGCUCUGCGCCUGCAGUGCCUUGCUCACGGCUCUCAUCCCAUUCGGUUCGUGUGGACCCGGGUGGGCAGAGGGAACCUGCCCGCAGGAACAGAGACCACCAAGGAUGGAAAACUUCUCAACGCCCAUGUGAAACUGAGUGAUAGUGGAACAUAUAAAUGUGUUGCUACCAACCACAUUGGCUCCAGUGAGGCCUUGGCCAAAGUCAUCAUAAAAGCUUAAGCCAACACUGUCACAUCAUGUGUCAUUGAUGAAUCACCUACGCAGUGCUAACAACUCCUUCAAGCCUGUUGCCAUCAAGACGGUCAAAUGGAUAGUAACAAAGCAACAUAGAAGAUUAUAUAGAUUCAUAUAUUUCGGUGUAUGAAUGUGAAACAUAUUACUGCCUUUUAAACUUUUGAAGUUAUUGUGCAUAUGGGGUUAAUUUUGUACUUUUAUAGAAAAUUGACAUGGUUUCUAUUGUUACACCAGCCUCAUAUCUUUGGAAAGCUUUUCUCUGGAAUCCUGUACGGACUGAUGACCAACAGCAUGUGUGGGAGUUGUUUCUUCUACUGGAAGGCCUCAGCACCCUCUUCUUCCUCUCUUCAUGUCAUCUACUAAGUCUACAUUGUUGUACUUUCAACAGUGAAAGGAGGGAAAAAAGCUGAUCUCAUAUAAAAGCCUUUAUUAUGCUCUUAAAUAUCAAUACAAUAAAGGCCAAAUUAAAAAACAGAUGUAGUGAUUUAAUUGAAAAACUAUGUCUUGAACACUUUUUUACAAAGUGGUUGUCUGACAAGCAUCC